GGGGGGGAGAGCACUGUAGGAGCGGUGGAGGCUGGAGCGCCCUCGGGCCUCGGCUCCAGAAGAUCUGGUAGAGUUGGCGGCGGCGGGGACUGCGGGGACGGAGGCAGCCGAGGCCAAGGUGGCGGGAUGAGCACGGUCCGAGGAGGAGGCCGCAGGGGUAAACCAUUGAUGCAAAAGACUUGACUCCAUAAUCUGCAUCUGCCCUAAUGCUGUCAUCUGGAGUAGAGACUCAGCCAGUUCCACUUGGUUCCUCCAUGUCUGCUGUGGUACAGGAGUUGUACUCUGGACUCUCAGUAAGUGUCUCCAAAGAGCUUCAUGCUGAGCAGGAGCCGAGUAUGACUCCAGAUCUAAAGCCUGGAGCCUCAAGCUCUCCCAUAAGUCAUGGCAGGGCAUCACCCCAGGGCUUGCAGAGGACUCAUGCAGAAGGUUGUUGUGAAGAAAGCUCUGAAACCGUGGAUUAUGGGGGCAAGACUGGGUGGUGUGGACUAGUGGACCCUACAAGAGGUCCUAUGGCUUAUGAGGUCUUGGAUAGGGAAGAGAGACCCAAAAGCAUGGAGCCAAAGGUCUUCAGAGAUCAAGGAGACCAGGCGCAAGUUUUCAGAGGCCCAUGUGAGGGAGCAAAGGAAGACCCGUGCCAACAUUCCACAACUACUAAGGAAAAGAUCUGCCCCAGUCAGGAUCUCCUCCUGAUACAGUCCAGCAAAGGACCUGUAUGUGCAGACUGCCCUGGAGAUGCACGAAAGAACAGAGGAAAUGUACACAAUACAGCUGGAACUCUGCCAGAAGCCACUGAAGAGAGACGAGGGAACAGUACUGUUUCCAAAAUGAGCAAAGGGAAGGAAGAGUCAUGUGACUUACACCCUGUCUGUAAAGAAGAGGACAAUCACCAGCCGAGUCUCCGCCACCAUAAGGAAAAGCACAGUUCUGCACAUGAUGGUUCCAUCGCUCCAGGAAGCAUAGACGCUAUAACACCCUCGGAAGAAAAUUCUAAAAUUUUAUGUCUCACACCAUAUUUGUCUGGUUCAAAAUCCCUAGAAAAAUGUGGUUUUGAAAGCAGUGGAUUGACAAAGGCAUCUGCUGAAAAAACGCACAAGGUUGAUCAAAGCCAGGACUUCACUUGUAGAGAAGAAAGGACUGUGGAAUCCAGUAACCACAGCAACUGUCACACUCUAGCUGGCUGUCCCCGUAUAGACAGCUGUAGUUCUAUGCUUAAUUCUCCUACUGAAGCCACAGAAAUUACGUUUAAAAAGAAUGAUGUGAAAAUUACUUUAAACCUUGAUGGUAAUUUGAUAAAUUCUGAGGACCAUAGGAAAACUGUUGUGGAUGUGACCCAUCCUGAGGAAAACUCUGAGGAAAGCAGCUUUUCCUUAUUGGUGUACACGGAAGAUCCUGAACAAACAACGGUAAAGUCCAGUGCCCUGAACGGGAAGAUUUACAGUAAGGUUGCUCAGUCUGUAGUCAGCCUCCAGAGGAAGCUGGGCGACUGUCCGCCAAAUGAAGCCUUGUGCAACGAGUUUUUGCCUGAAAGAAAGCCCCUUCAGAGCUCGAUGCCAGAAGAUCCAGUAAGUUCUGAAUGUAAUGAAAUAUCAAAACCCAAGGAAGGUACUGCAAAAUUACCAUCAUCUCCAGAAAAACCUGUUCAGCCCUCACAGGACAGCAUUUCCCAUUUUGAUGGACCCAUCACCGUUUGUGAGAUGAGUGAAUGUUCUCCUAACAGAGAACUGGUUGCACACAAAAUAGAACAUGAAUGUGUUUCACAUCAACAAGUGUCCCUUAGUUCUCAAGACCAUGUGACAGCUGACUCUCUACUAAGUAUAAACAGAGAAAUGCCUUCAGCAGCAUGCAAAGAUGUUCAAGAGAGCCGUCGUUUUCUGGAGAAUGGAGUAAAUGUUACCCCUGACACUCAAACCAUUCCUGCUGAGACAAAAACGGAAGCCAUGUCUCCACAAGGUGACAAAGCCAUGUCUCCACAAGGUGACAAAGCCUUGUAUGAAUGUGCCUCCUCAUUCAUACAAACCUUAAACAUCAAAACAAGCAGCUCAGAAGGGCAAAAAGAAAUGACUGGUGUACAUUCCACGUUACUCUCAAGUGUGAGAGGAGCGGCUGGCUCCUCCCUUGUCAGAGAAUGUCAAAAUGUUCAGUCUCGGGAUCUCUUCAGCUGUCAUUGCAUAACACAAGAUGCAUCUGGAAAGAACAUGUGCUCUGCUUGUGCUGCCUAUGAACCUAGCAAAGAUAUUCUGAAAGUUAGCAACUGUAAAAUAAAAUGUGGAAAUGCAUCUCAAAGACCAGAAGAUUUUGCAGAAAAUAGCACCCUCUUGGAGAGUGAACCUGCUGGGAGAGAGAUGCAAAGCAGUAUCCUAGGAGGCACAGUCAGAGGUUCAGCGACAGCAGCUGUGUCACAUAGUGCUCCUCUGAACGCAGCUGCUCUCGUGGAAACCGGUGAUGAGGGACUGGUUGGAAGAAAACAAGACCAACACAGAGACACUGAGAUUUAUAAACACAGCAUCUCUGCUUGUGACACACAAGAACUAAGCCAAUCUGUAAACAUUCCAAGUCCUGAAACAGUAGUGGACCAGUCUCUGAGUGUUAGUUCAUCUCAUUUCAAAGCCAUGCCCCGAGCAGCUGAAAGUCUUCACCAGAAAGCAGGUGAAGUCUCUGACUGUCAGAGUAGCCAAAAUAGUCUAGACAAAUGCAGAUGUGAAGGCAAGCCAGCCAGGGAAGGACUAAAUGGUGACUACCGAGAGACCAUCCCUGAGGUAAGCCAUAAGCAAAAGGAUCGGAUAGUCUGUUCAGGCAGUAAAGUCCCUCUGUCUUGUGGCAGUUUAAAGCAAAAAGACCCCAAAAGAGCCUUUAAAAAUAUUCCUGGUUCUGAAGAGUUCACUCACAGUAUGCUAGAUGUGGUAUGUCCAGACUGCAGAGGUGAGCCUACAGAGGGAGCGCAGGGUCUAGAAGCAUCUAGUCUAUCUGGUCAUUGUACAAGGCACGAGUCACUGGCACACCAUGAGACUUUAAGAAGUACCUUAUCUCUUCGAGGAGAACUGAAUGUUGUAUUUAUAGGUACACCUGGCUGGCACUCAGAACUCCCAAAUGCUGCUGCUUCUACAGUAGACUCUCCUGAGAUGGAAGAAUCACAUGAAGAAAAAGUGUGCAAAUCUCUAAAAGACUAUGAAGUAGAAGAAUGUCCAGACUCUGCCAUUGAGCAUGAAGUAAAAUCUAUUGAAGAUCAUGAGCCACAUAGAAGAGCGCCGGAUAGAGAAGGCGUGUCUUUAAAUGACAUUCAUUGUGAGCAUCAAGGUAAAGGAGGAUCCAUGACAGAGGGACUGAGACUCGAAACAAAGGCUGAGUUUGGCAAGAAGAAAACCUUUGGAUUAUCCUUAAAAGACUCAGUGUCUCCUGGGUGCCAAGACUCUAUCAAGGUGGUACAUUCUUGUCUGUCUUCUCUGGAACAUUCACCAGCUGAUGUUCCUGGUGAAAUGCCUAACUUGAAACAUCACUUUAAACCCAAAGAUGGUAAAGUGCUUUGUGAAAAUGUCAAGGAUUGCACAGUCCUGUCUGACAUGAAGGAAGGAAUACCAAUGGAUUCAAAUAACCCCUGUGAACGAGAUAGCACAUACGUCAGUGUGGACAGAAAUGCAUGCAAAGCUUGUCACUCUCAUAGGAAUUCCACUGGUAAACAUUUGCCUUUGACAAUGGAAACAGCAAUUAAAAUGAAUAAAGAAGAAACUGAAGAACAUCAGAAGGGACUACUGGGUCACAUAGCUGUUGGGGAAGCAGCUGAGGAGACCAUCACCAGAGCAGGUCAUGAUGGUAAUUCUCAGACCCACGUGAAAUGCCAGAGAAUGCAAAAUGUUGCUGAAAGCCCACAAAACCAGGGAGUUGUGGACUCUGCCUUGCCAAAGGAAGAAUGUGCACAUCAGAAGGGCACACAGGCACUACCGGAACAACACACAUCAGCAAACUUGUUGUCAGAUGAGAUGCAAAGUAAGAAGCAACCUGUGGCUGACCAGGAUGAGUCCCUUAUGGAAGAAGUCACCCUAAGAAAGCCAACCAAGGACGAAAUUGCUAGACAGCUUCAGAGGUUGAAAUCCCCAAAAGAAGAAAGCUUAUGUCCUUCAUUAAAGAAAGACACUCAAUUAUACACAGGUACUUGCCUUCCUGGUACCUCCUGGAAAGAAGGUGACCCCACUUUUGCUGGAGGUGAUCGAAUACACGGUGCCUUCGUGACUCUGUCGUAUCCGCAAAGACUGCUUCCUGUAAAGAAGCAGCCUCAUCGAACGUGUAAGAGAAUUUCUUGUCAGGAGCCGGUCACUGUGCGGAGAAAAAUAAGUAAAGUGAGAAAUUCUGAUUGUGGAAAGAGUUUCUCUAACCCAGUUCCCACAAAAGCACACAGACUUCUCAGCCCAUGUACCGUGCCUGCCAAGCCAUUGGAACCUGAAACCGUAGCUCUCGAGAGCUUGCGUGGCCACACACCAAAGCCGAAGGCUACUCUGUGCCACUCCCUGAGGAGCCUGAGCUGUAGGAAGCCUACCAAAGAAUCAGCCUUACUAGACAAGCUGUCUGUCCUGGCCUCCAAACUGACUCUGGCCGCAAAGCCCCAGAAACUCAGAUGUCGGCGGUAUUCCUCUUCCCUUGUUCCACUGGCUAAAAACUACAAGCGCCUCCGAUACAAAAAGCUCCUAGAUGGAUUUUCACAUAACGCAGUGCAGCUGGACCCAUAUUUGGCAGCUACUGGGUGGAGUAGGGGGUCUCACAGUAGGCCCUUGGCACUUUAUUCUCUUGAAGCUGUUAAAAUAAGCUUCAUAGAUUUGAGCAACAAGAUGCCGUCACUGCUGCUUGGUACCGAAAACGCCCCGUUUUCCUUUCAUGUGAAGUCAGCAUCCAGUUGCAUGGCUGAGUCCUCCAGGACUUUUCCUGAGCACUGUGCCCCGUCGAGGCUUGCCUUAACAGAGGCCUCCCAGUGCUCACCUCCAUCUCCCAAGUGGACCUUCUCUUUCUUCUUGUCCCAUGGUUGCCCUGGGGUGGCCACAUUCAGGGAAGACACUGGCCUCAGUAGUCAGACACACACUCAGGCUCCUCUCCAAGAUUAUGGAGGCACUGCCAUAGUUCAGACCAGAGCAGACUGCUCUGGCCUUGGCCUUCACACACUUCUAGCACUUUGUUCACCCGGAUGUUAUCGAAUCUGGACAAAAAGACGGAACUUCUCCAGUCAUAUGCCUACCAUGCAGAGGCUCCUCUUGACCCAGUUUACACAGGGCCUAAAAGGGUUAAGGUCUCCAGCCUCUAUAGCCGAUAGGGUCUUCUCUUCUCUGCCCUACUCGGUGGGCCGAGUGUUGUCCAUUUGGAGCCAGCACGGACCCUCUUGUACCUUCAAAUUGCCAGCUCUUCAUUCUCCUCAUAGCAAGCAGCAGGGGAGCCUGAGCGCCCUGAGCAGCCACACCACCAUACCACAUGUGCCUCUUCCAGGCAUGGAGGCUGCCCACAACACCAACAGCAGUCACCUGAGGCUAGAGCCUGUGUUUCCUGCCUUGGUGCCAAAGUCUUGCUUGGUAACAGAACCCUCUGUCAGCACGCUCCUGCUCUCGGCCUCGGAGCUCCAGGUUCCUGCGUUUGAUGAGUUGGAUGGUGUGUCAGCAGCUUGCCCCCGACCACAGAGCAGUCCGGCACAGCAGGAGGAGGCCGAGCCAGAGAAGAGACCAAAGAAAGUCUCACAGAUCCGCAUCCGGAAAACCAUUCCUAAACCAGAUCCCAACCUUACCCCAAUGGGUCUGCCUCGGCCCAAAAGUUUGAAUUUUGCAGUUCAAGCUCGCUGGCCCAAUGCCGCAGGAAAGUUCAACAAGGACACUGGAAAUCCACUUACGACGCGCAGGAGAGGUGUAGACAAUGAGAGCGCCCAAGCCUGGUGGGCAUGGCCUGCCAGGCAUCUUUGGCCCGUCUGGGAGUAAGGGGCCUAGUUUGGUCCUGUGGACAUCUAAGAAGAAGGUGAUGGGUGUCCAUAUGGUGGUGAUCCCUUUUCUACAAACCUGCUCUCCUUGGCAGUCUAGAAGAAAUAGGCUGCUGUGAGCCAGGGGGAAUCCCAGCAGCUCUUGGGUGUUAGAGUGGAGCGUCCUGUGGAGUCAGGAAGGGUUUUGGGUUCCUUGCUUGUAGGAGUCUGGACCAGCAGACAGGCUGUAUGUCUUUCUCAUCUUCUCUAUCCAAAGGACUCCUGUAUGGAGUAGCUAUCAUUGCUUUCUGGAGUUUGGGAGAGAUGGGUAACUUCCUAGGCAGAUCGACCAGGACUUCCUUUGUUAUAUCUUCUCGGUGACUUCCUCCUGUAUUAAUUUACAGUGUUCAUGUCUCUCCUGUCUCAUUUGGUUAGGGUUCCACUUUAUCAGACAUCACAAUGACUGAAUCGACUUGUUUUUAGUUUUCAUUUGUUUAGUAUUUCCACCUUUCUUUCUCUCUCUCUCUCUCUCUCUCUCUCUUUUGUUCUCUCUUUCUUUCUUCUUUUCUCUCUCUCUUUCUCUCUCUUUCUUUCUUUCUUUCUUUCUUUCUGUCUGUCUGUCUGUCUGUCUGUCUUUCUUUUUCUUUUUUUUCAGAGCUGGGAACCCAGGGCCUUGCGCUUGCUAGGCAAGCGCUCUACCACUGAGCUAAAUCCCCAACCCCCCCCCCCUUUUUUUAAUCUUUUAAAAUUUCCAUCCUUUAAAAAAUUGUUUUCAGCUGGGUGGCAGUGGUGCAUGCCCUCAGGAGACAGAGGUUGAUGCUAUCAGACUGUUUAUUAUUUGAUUCAUUAAACUUUCCCUUGCCAACUUCUCUCCCUAGCGUGCUUGCUUCUUUUAAAAACCUCACUUUUUACAGUGAUGUGUAUGGGUUUAUGAGGAGAGUACAGGAGCACAGCUGCUCUUGGGUACCAGAAGAGAGUGUCGGAUCCCUGGGAACAGGCAGUUGUGAAGCUCCAUGAGGAUUCUGUGAAAGGAACCUGGGUCUCUGUGAGAGUAGCAAAUGUUUGUACCAUCUCUCCAGUCCUCCUUCCCUGAUUUCUGUGUUCUGAGAGUCUCACUGUAAAGCCUUGGCUGACCUGAAAUCCACUCUUUAGGUCAGGCUCACAGAGAUGUGCCUACCCUUCACUUGAGUUCUGGACUUCAAAACUGCCUGCUGUUUUUAACUUAAUUUCCUGGCUGAACUUUUCUUCCAAGUUGCCAGCUUUUUCAUCCAUACUGAUGAUUUUGUUGUUGUUGUUAUUGUUAAUGUGCACACACGUGUGUGUGUGUGUGUGUGUGUGUGUGUGUGUGUGUGUGUGUGUGUGCGCGUGUUGAUGCACAUGUGCAAGAAUAUGCAUGCCUGGGCCCAGAUAUGUACACCAUGGAUUAAGUGUGGAGGUCAAAGGACAACUUUUGCAAGUUGGUUCUCUCUCUCUAACAUGUGAAACAUGGGGAUUGAACUCCGGUUAUCACCUUUGUAACAAGUGCUUUGACUGCUAAUUCAUCCCAUUGCUGAUGUUUGCUGGAAAAUGUUUGAAGUGUUCAUCUGGUAUUUUAAUCCUUCAGUAACUUUGAAUUCAGUAACUAAGGAGUUCAGAUCUUUUGGGUGAGUCUUGUUGUCAUGCUAUUUUGUAUUUCCAGUUUUGUAUUGGAAUUUGUAUAUCUGUUGGUUUAUAAGCCUCUAGUUUCCAAGCGUAUCUUUUUUUUUUUUUUGGUUCUUUUUUUCGGAGCUGGGGACCGAACCCAGGGCCUUUUUCCAAGCGUAUCUUAUGGAGCAGCCUGCUCUUUACGGCUUAGUCAUCAGUAACAAUCAUCAAAGAGAACCCAAAGUGUUGUAGCAACAGUAAUGUCGCACUGUAUGAGGGACAGAGGGACGUAAAAUCCCCUCAUUCCACUGUGUAUCACUAAUACCAUACAACUGAAAUGUCAGCUACCUCAGAGCAUGCUGGGACCGCGUGGACUAAGUGUGGGAACAGUAAAAGAUUGAGAGGAAAGGAGGAGACUAAGAAAGGAGUGAACAGAUGAGAACCCAAGUUAAAAGGGGGGGAAACAGGAUAUUAGGGAGCAAAGAGUAAAGGAAAAACUUUACAAGAGAAAAGGCAAAAUAAAAUUGUUGCUCAAUAUUGAAAAGUUAAAAAAAUGCAAUUAAUGUAAAGGGUAGAAUAAAAAUAAAAUCAUACAAAAAAAAAAAAAGUUUGGUAUGUGUCUUAGUUAGGGUUUACUGCUCUGAGCAGACACCAUGACCACAGCAAUUCUUAUAAAGCACAACAUUCAUUUGGGGCUGGCUUACAGUGCAGAGGUUCAGUCCAGUAUUAUGGCGGGAAGCAUGGCAGCAUCCAGGCAGGCAUGGUGCAGGAAGAGCUGAGAGUUCUACAUCUAAUUCAGAAGGCAGCCAGGAGGAGACUGGUUCCCAUGUGGUUAGGAGGAGGGUCUUAAAGCACAUUCCCACAGUGACACACUUCCUCCAACAAGGCCACACCUCCAAAUAGUGCCACUCCCUGGGCCAAGCAUAUUCAAACCACCACGACACAUACGGUAAGGUUAAGUAAGGCUCAGUAUAAGUACAUUAUAUGUAUGUAUAUAAAUCUCAAAGAAUUAAUAGGAAUGCUGUAUUUUUUUACGAUGCUAAAUAUAGGGGGAUGGUGUGGGAUAAAAGAGAAAAACAUGAAACUGUUCCCUGAAAAUACUUAAAUCAAUUUGAUGGAUAUAUAAAGGGGGUACUUAUUGGAAUAUUUUUUAAAUACAGUAUAAAAUUAAAACAAAAACCUGCUAAAUACGCAGAUUCAAAAAAGAUACCGUUGCAGCUUCUUUUGCCUGGUCCUUCAAAAUUAGAGACGUUACGGCGUGAACCUGUAUGCGCUUUAUUCCAUUGCUGUUUCUGUGUUGGCCGUUUGAGGUGUGGUGGCAGAGCUGGCUUCAUCAUGGCAGUCCCUGUGUUGUUAACAGCAAACUCCCCGAUCCUCUCCUCACAGCCUCUCUGCCCCCCCCCCCCCUUCAUAAUGUUCUGAGCCUUAGGUGCAGGAGUGGUGUUGCAGAUGUGUCCAUUGGUUUCGGCACUCGCCUCAUGCAUUUUAACCAGAUGUGGUUUUCUGUAAUGGUCUGAUUGUUGCGUUGAAAAGUUUCUUUGAAGUGCAUGAUGUCUUUAGUAAUUGAGCCCUAAGUUUGACCUUUGGGAAGCAGACAAGGACAAAGACUCUAUUGUUUUGAGAUGUUCUUGAACUCUCCUGCUUAAUACCUCAAAAGGGGGUGUCUGACACUGAUCUCUAGUCCUUUUAUGGAUUUUGAUUUUAGACAAUGUCUUAGGUAGGGUUUCCAUUGCUGUGAAAAAAACACCAUGACCAAGGCAUCUCUUGUAAAGGACAACAUUUAAUUAGGGCAGGCUUACAGUUCUGAGGCUCAGUCCAUUCUCAUCAAGGAGGGAGUCAUUUGUGCCUUGUGCCUGUGGGGACAGAAGAGAGCAUCGUGUCCUGUGAGUCUGGUGAGCUGGUGAGCUGCCAAUGGGUGCUGGGAAUGGAAACAGGUCCUCUGCAAGAGUGGCCAGUGCUCUCACCCACCCAGCUGGCUCUCUAGCUCUCUAGUUUAAUUUUUUUUUUUUUUGGUUCUUUUUUUUUCAGAGCUGGGGAUCGAACCCAGGGCCUUGCGCUUCCUAGGCAAGUGCUCUACCACUGAGCUAAAUCCCCAACCCCUCUAGUUUAAUUUUUUGAGGAACCUUCAAAAUACUUUUGAGGAGUCUGGAGAGAACAAUUAGGAGUCCCUGAUGCUCUCUUCUAGGCGACCCUAAUCUUGUUCAAGAAGUGAUGUCAGGUAGCUUCCCACUACCUCCCUGUAGCAUACACUUAUGCAGGCACUUGAAUAAAAGUGUUUUAUGAUCUAAGCAAAUGAGAGUUUAUAAAGCCUAAACCCUAACGUAAGCAAUCCACCGCCCGUCAGUCCUCCCCGGUCUCCUCGUCUCCAUGUGUGUCACAGCACAUCCCUUUGGUUCACAUACAUGUUGGUUGUUCGUUUGACUCUUUUUUUUUUUUUUUUUUUUUCGGAGCUGGGGACUGAACCCAGGGCCUUGCGCUUCGUUUGACUCUCUACUCAGAUUUCUAUGAAAUCAAGACACAAACACUCCUGUGCCAAUGUAGAGUUUUGGGUUUAUUCUUUAGCUGUCUGGUUCUUUUCUUUUUUAUUUGUUUUUGUUUGUUCGUUUGUUUGGGUCCCUUUAUUUACUAUUAGUUGGGCUCCAUGCGUGUCCCGGAAGCUAACCCUUUAGCAGGCGUGUUCUUCUGUUCUUCAGCUCAGUCAUAUGCACGGAUCAACUGAGUUUGUGUGGAUCAUGUUGUUCAUUUGUAUUUUUGUUACCUUUGUGUUUGGGAUCAUAUAUUUAAAAAAAUUGACCAGUUCUGUGUUAUGAGAUAUUUCCCUAAAAUGAUAAUGGUUUCUAUUUCUCCUCCUCUUUCCUCCUCCCUUUUCCCUCCCUUUUCUUUGGUGCUGCUUCGUUUUCCCUCUGUUGUGGUAUCAGGAAUCAAACCAGACCCUUGUCAGGAAAAGUGUUCUAUUACUGACCUAUCCCUGUUUAGAGUCUCAGUCCAAUUUGAGUUCAGUCUUACAUGUAAAGAAGACUUAUUUAUUUACUCAUAGAGUCCAUUUUUCCAGCUCUACUUAAAGAUUCUUUGCUUUCUACACUGUAUGCUCUUGUCGACUGUGUUGAAAAUUGUUUUAACUACAGUAAGUGUGUGAAAUUAUUUCUGUAUUCUCCACUGUUUUGCAUGCAGGCAAAAUGUUCAUAUACAUAAAAUAAAAAUAAUCUUUAAAACAAGGUUAUUGAAAAGAUUUGAAUAAAUUAAAUGUAUGUGUUCUGAUGCAGUGCUGUAUAAAACAUAAAAUAGUAAUAACCAAGAAAAAUUGUUUUGUGGGUUUUUUUUUUUUUUUUUUUUUUUUUUGGAGACAGGAUCUCUUUGUAGCCCUGGCUAUCCUAGUACUGACUUGCUCUAUAGACUAAGCAGCCCUUGAACUUGAAGAGAGCCCCCUGCUUCUGCCUCCUGAGUGCUGGGAUUAAAACCAUGUGCUACCAUGUCCAGCUAAGAGGACAUUUUUAAAAGAAAUGAAAUAAGAAUACUAAUCUCAGAAUUUGAAAUAUGAAGUCUCGAAAAUUAGCCAGAACAUAAAUAUAUAUAUAUAUAUAUAUAUAUAUAUAUAUAUAUGGUAAAAUAGAAUAGAAAAUUGAAAAUGAAUACCAGUUCAUAGGGUGAUUUAGAGUACAGAGAAGAUGUGUUCUCAGAUCAGUGGUGGGAAUCUGUGCUUUUUUUUUUUUUCUUUUUUUUUUUUCCCCCCGGAGCUGGGGACUGAACCCAGGGCCUUGCACUCGCUAGGCAAGCACUCUACCGCUGAGCUAAAUCCCCAACCCCAGAAUCUGUGCUCUUAAUUACUAUUGUGAUAGGAUCUAUUUUAAGAAUAAUAAAGUUGUGUCUAUAUGCCUUAUCCUAAACAUAUUCUCUGCUAAUCAGAUUUUACUGUAAACUUAGGAGUGUUUAAGGAAACCAUAGGAAAUUCUGUUUGGAAUGGGCUAACUAUAAUAGAUAUUUGUAAGUCCUAAUAUAAAAGCCAAAAAAUGAGUUGCAUGAAAAUAUAGACAUUCUGGAGCCAAACCUGGGGGUGUACACCAGCACCCUGUGCUUAGAAGGUGGAGGCAGAGGAUCUGGAAGGGUAACCUAUCCUACAUAGGAACGUGGACCAGCCGGGGCUACCUGAGAUCCUGUCUCUACAAAACACAAUGAAAAUCUUAAAUUAGGCUGCAGUGGCACAGGUUUGUAGCCCCAGCACUUGGGAAGCUGUGGCAGGAUAGUGAACGCCAGGCAAACUUGAGAUUCUGCACAGGUGAGACCUUCUCUUAAAAGUGGGAGAAGCCAGCCAGAUGUGUGAAUGUUUGUGUUUAAUAGAAAGAUGAGUACAGUACUAGUCUCAAGUCUGCAAGGUAGGACUGGGGGAUGGAAUGAUUCACCAGAAGCUUGCUCACUUCGCACAGGAACAAUGAGGGAGACCUUGUUGGAUCCCAUGUCAAAGGACAACUUUUCCAAGUUGGUUCUGUCCUUCUACCAUGUGGAACAUGGGAACCAAACUCAGGUCAUCAUGCUUUGUAGCAAGUGCUUUGACUGCUAGUUCAUUGCAAUGCUGAUUUUUGCUGGAACAUGUUUGAAGUGGUUCAUCUGGCAUUUAACUGGUUCAUGUACAAGUUCAAGGCCUGUCCAGUCUAUACUGUGAAUUCCAUGUCAACCAAAGAUACAUAGUUACAUACACAGUUACCUGGUUACAAACAAAGCAAAAAUAAAAAUCAAACUAUAAGAGCCAGGUGUUGGUGUCACACACAUUUAAUCCUUGACCUGGGGAAACAGAAGUAGGUGGAUCCCUGAGUUCAAGACCAGCCUGUUGUACAGAGUUUCAGGACAGCCAGGGCUACACACAGAGAAACCCUGUCUCACCCCCCCCACCCCCAAAAAAAAUAAAAAUAAGGAAAACACAAAUGUGACUAAAUGAUUUAUAGAGCAUCCAUGUAAAAGAAUAAAAUGAGGCCGGGUGUGGUAAGGCACAACUUUAGUCUUGGCAGUUAGGAGGCCAUCCUGGUCUGCAUAGCAAGAACAAUCAAGGAUACAUAGUGAGCCCUGUGCUCCAGAGCUAGGUAGGGUGUGUGUGUGUGUGUGUGUGUGUGUGUGUGUGUGUGUGUUUGCGUGCACAUGUACUGACUUGUCUACAGGCCAGUGGUAUAGAGGCAUUUUAUCAAUAAAGAGUCUCUCUCCCUCAUUAUGUCUAAGUUUAAAAAAAAAAAAGUACGUAUUUCAUCUCUUUGUCAGAAUAUCAAUGCCAUUUUCACCCAAGUUUUUAGUCUUGUUAUUCAGUAUUUCCUGGUCAUUUUCUCAACAAAGCGAAUCGUAUCAGAGAUUAUUGCUGUGGCCUGGAACACACGGUGAUACACUGAGAGAGGGUCAGUUUCUAGCACCCAUAUGGUGCCUUAUAACCAACUGUAACUCCUAUUUCAAGGGAUCUAAUGCUCUUCUGACCUCCUCAGACUCUUGCAUGCACGGUGUUCAUACACACAUACUCAGAAAUACACAUAAAAUUUAAAAAUACACAUAUUUUAAAGUUGCCACUUUAGAGAGACAGUCUCAACCAAGUACAGCAGCGCCUGGUUGUAGUUCAUCCUACUCAGGAAGUUGAGGCAGCCGGACCUUUUCAGUCCAAGAGUUGCAGGCCUGCUUGGGUAACAUAGUGGGAACCCAGCUUCACAAGAAGUAAUGAGGGAUGUUCUCACAUAACAGUGGUAGAGCUGACAGUCACAUCGGUUACCCAGACCAAGUAGUUGGUACUGGAACCUGGGUUAGCCGUCUGAAAGGAGUCCUGCAUUUUUACUACAUGCAUUUAAAAAUGCAGAGAAUAGGGCCAGAGAGAUGGCUCAGCGGUUAAGAGCACUGACUGUUCUUCCAGAGGCCCUGAGUUCAAAUCCCAGCAACCACAUGGUGGUUCACAGCCAUCCAUAAUGAGAUCUAAUGCCCUCUUCUGGUGUGUCUGAGGACGGCGUCAGUGUACUCAUGUAUAAUAAAUAAAUAAAUCUUUAAAAAAUGCAGAGAAUAAUGCGGAUGUUAAGCGUUUGGAGUUGACUCUUGAUCACUGAACAGGGGAGCAAAGUGCUGGCAAUGUACCAUGGGCUUAGGGAGGCUACUGUGGCACAAAGCAAAUGGGGCAAGAGCUAAUGACUCCUAGGCCAAAUAGACUUUUCUCAAAAGAAAGCAUGAAGUAGAUGGGAACAAAAAAUGAACAUCUAUGCUUCUCCCUCCCCAACAACCAGAACAGCAGUAAAGAACAGUACCCUCGGGCUGGAGAGAUGGCUCAGUGGUUAAGAGCACUGAUUGCUCUUCCAGAGGUCCUGAGUUCAAAUCCCAGCAACCACAUGGUGGCUCACAACCAUCUAUAAUGAGAUCUGAUGCCCUCUUCUGGUGUGUCUGAAGACAGCUACAGUGUACUCAUAUACAUUAAAUAAAUAAAUCUUAAAAAAAAAAAAAAAAAAAGAACAGUACCCUCGCCAAACGCUGGCAGUGAGUAAAAGGGGAAGAACUUUGAGAAGUUCAGCCACUUUUGUGGAUUUACAGCCUGGAUUCUUGGCUACCAGGAAGGGCUGCCACCCUAAUCUGAGGCUCCAGUUUACAGUGGUCCGGGGUGGUUGCUUAGUGACUUCACCUCACGCCCUGACAGAACAGUGCACCGACACCCCCUCCCCCACCUCUGCUGAGUGAUGGUAAGCUCCCCAGUGCACAUGAGCUGUAUCCUAGCACCCCUGGACCUGGGCAGCCCGGAUCACACACUGCCAGCCAUGGAAGACACAUCUGAACCACCCGGAGCGAUGGCAAGAUCUGUAAGUCUGUCCUUUCCUGCUGGCCUGUGUGGAAGGAGCCUGGCCCCUGUGGUAAUUACAGGGUCUGUCAGCUCUUCUACUGCUUGCAUUGGGCAGAGCAAGAUGACUCUGUAACUGUUCUUUUCUUUUUUUUUUUUUUUAAUUUAUUUUAUAUGUAUCAAUGUUCUGCCUGCAUAUCUAUCUAUCUAUAUCUAUAUCUAUCUAUAUCUAUAUAUCUAUAUAUCUGUAUAUCUGUAUAUCUGUAUAUCUGUAUAUCUGUAUAUAUAUAUAUAUAUAUAUAUAUAUAUAUAUAUAUAUAUAUAUAUAUGCAUGCCUAGUAUCCAAACAGGUCCUAAGAGAGUGUUAGGUGUCCCAGAACUGGAUUUGUAUAUGGUUACAUCCUUCCUGAGAAUCAAACCUAGGUCCUUUGCAAGAGCAACAAGUAUUCCAAACUGAUGACAGCCAUGAGAGUAAGGCCAAAUGGCAUGGGCUGUACUGGCCGCCUCUUGGCCACCCCCAGCUAAGAGCAUAUGGAUCUGGAAAAUAAUGAAGAUGGUGUGUAUGAACUGUGUUAGUGUUCUGAGCUCCCAUCCACAAGAUAGUCAGCCAUUUAAGUGAAGAGGUUUUAGCUUCUGCCACCUUUGAUGACCCAGUAAAACUCUACGGAAAAGGACAGCUGGGUCUCUUGUGCAUGUACCUACCCCUGAGGCCCAUGAGCUCACUGGAUAGCCCUGGCCUAUAGCUCCACUGUCCAGCGCUCGGCAUCCGACAUUAAUACAGAGUGUUUGGUUCCUGUAUCUCCUAGGACGCAAACAAAGAUAGCACGCAGUGGCUAUGGCUUCAGCGAGAAAUGUAUCUGCAUGUUGUUGGGUUCUGCUCCCAAACCAUUUGUGAUAUUGGUCUCCUCUGUCUGGGACCCUAGCAGCAGCUUGUGGGAAUGAUGCCAUCAUCUGAGUGUUGGAUGUGGAUUCCAACUCACAUCUGCACCAUCUCUGACAGUCCACCUGUCUCAGCCUGUCUCCCAGGAUGUCAGUUCUGUAGCCAGGAUUCAUGGGAGGUAGCCUUCUGCUAAAUGACAGGGAUGUAGCCUUGAGACAUAUCAGUGGAGAGAAUCCUAACCUCUGAGUUUUCUCAAAUUAGGAAGUUGUGUUUCCACAAAACAUGUCCCAAGACUUUGCCAGUUCCUGAGAGGACCUGAAUAAAACACCCUUGACCUUCAUUUAACCUCUUGUUGAGACUUGAGUAGAUGUGUGAACCACACAGCCUUUUACUGUUUUCUGUCCUGACACAGGACCUCAGCAGACAGAGCACGAAUACAUAAUGAUGCUGUGGGUUUGCUGCAGAAGGGAAUGGUGUGCAUUCGGGGGCGAUCUGGACAUGGGCAGAGAUCAGUGUCCCACAUCCUAAUUCAUAAGGAUGCUCAAAGACUUUUUUAAAAAAUUAAUUGUGAAUUGUGUGUAAUAGAUCCUGCUUUCCCAGUCUGUAGCUGAUUCUUACACUUAAGAUAUUUCAAAGCUGAAUGUUUUUUUUCCCUCUAGAAUGUAGGUUUAUUUAGAGUAGAGGGAUAUCUGUGUAUUCUCUUAGGGAUGCAAAAAUGGACUGGAUGUAUUGGUUCAUGCUUAACAACCCUACCACCUCAGUGAUAGAGGGCAGGGAUGUGAUGACAACCUUGGGUAUGUAACAAGUUCAAGUCCAGGCUGUGCUGUAUGAAUUACUGCCUCAAAAAAAUAAAUGGGAACUAGAAAAGUGGCCCAGCAGUUAGAGCUGUGGCUGUUCUUCCAGGGGGCCUAGGUUGCAUUCCCAACACCCAGAGAGUCCCCUCCAGCCCCUUGUAACUCCAGUUCUAGGAUAUCUGAUGCCCUCUUCUGGGCUCCACGGGAUCCUGCAUGUUCCUGGCACAUAUACAUACAUUCAGGCAUAUUCGUAAAAAUAAAUAAAAUAAAAACAAGUGGGAAAAGACAUGAACUCCUGGGUGAGUGAGAUAGCCCAGUGGGUAAAGUGUCUGACAGGCAAACCCCAUGACCUGAUUUUUUUACUCCCGGAACCCAUCUUAAGAUGAAAACUGACUACAUAAACUGACCUUCAGUUGCAUGCCAUAACCACACAUGCCCUUAUACACACAAUAAUUACAAAUUAAUUAAAAGUCAUGACCCUCUAAAGGGAGAAUUGUCACAAGCCAUACAUUCUUAGGAAGGAUGCAAAUCUGUUCUUCAGCGAGAAGCAACAGAUCUUAGCUGGUCCCAUCAAGGACUACAGUAUCUAUGCACCACAGAUGUGUGGUCCUACAUUUUCCUAGGAGUCUUGACCUUAAAGAUUGGACAAAGAGUUGAGGCAAUAUCUAGUACAGUGUUCUCAGCCUUCCUAAUGCUGUGACUCUUAACAGUUUCUCAUGUGUGCUGAUUCCCAACUACAACAUUAUUUCAUUGCCACUUCAUAAGUAUAAUUUUGCUACUCUUGUGAAUCAUAUUGUAAAUAUCUGAUAUGUAGGAUUUCACAGGGAUCUGCUGUUCGAUCCCUGUGAAAGGAUAGUUGACCCGUGAUGGAGCAUUGACCCAUAGGUUGACAGCCACUGAUCUAACACAUCUCCCCAUGGUUUGUAGAUCUGGAAGUCUGUGGCCCUUGCAGGGGCAUCAUGACACCAACUAAGGAGAAGUCAGUCUUCCCCACUUUAUACCCACAGAAAUAUUGCUAACUGCACAAAUUCUGUUUUAGCAACAACAACGAAAUGUUUUUAAGUUAAAAGAAGCUGGGUAGGGAGGCAUGUACCUGUAAUUUAGGCUCUUGGGAGGACUGAGACAGGGGGCUUGUGAGUUUGAGGAUAGACUGGGCUAAAUAGUGGUACCUUGUCUCAAAUCAAAAUCAAAACUAAAAAAACAAAAACAAAAUUUAAAAGGACGUUAACUUAGGGGCUGGGGAUUUAGCUCAGUGGUAGAGCGCUUACCUAGGAAGCGCAAGGCCCUGGGUUCGGUCCCCAGCUCCGAAAAAAAAAAAAAAAAAAAAGGACGUUAACUUUUGUUAACAACUCACAGUCAAAUAAAUAAAUGAAAAGGAGAUGAGAUACAGUUUUACCAUGGAAGUAACAGACAGUGAUCAAAUCUGAAAAGACCGCAGGUUGUAGGAACCAAUAGAGAAUGUAGUAAGCAUUUCAGGGAGUACAGAUGGACCAAAGCAUGAACCAUGCAGCAAGGCACACGUAAAAGCAGCCAGGAGGAUUGUGGUGGAACUAGGUAUUGGGAUGGUUUUAUCCUACGCUGGGUGGAAUUGAACACAGGCUGUCUGUACGUGCCAGGCAGGUGCUGUACCACAGAGCAGAACCUCUUCCCGACUCCCAUGUUCUUGAGUGUUUCCUUCAUGCUACACAAGGGGCUUGUUUGUUGCAGUGUUGUCAAAGGCAGGGCCUUGUGCGACUGCACAGAUAGUGUGCUACUAAGCUACACCCUGCUGCUCUCCUUUACACCCUGCUCCUCUCCUUUACACCCUGCUCCUCUCCUUUACACCCUGCUCCUCUCCUUUACACCCUGCUCCUCUCCUUUACACCCUGCUCCUCUCCUUUACACCCUGCUCCUCUCCUUUACACCCUGCUGCUCUCCUUUACACCCUGCUCCUCUCCUUUACACCCUGCUCCUCUCCUUUACACCCUGCUCCUCUCCUUUACACCCUGCUCCUCUCCUUUACACCCUGCUCCUCUCCUUUACACCCUGCUCCUCUCCUUUACACCCUGCUCCUCUCCUUUACACCCUGCUCCUCUCCUUUACACCCUGCUCCUCUCCUUUGGUUUCUGUGUUUUAUCCCGGAAGUUCUAUACCAAUGUUUUCUGCUGUUCACCCAUUGUAUUUGGUUCGGUAUGAUCUGUUACUCGUCUUUGGAGGGUUUGUUUCUCAACACUGUCUAUAGUUGUGGGAAGCCCAUGCAAUGGGGAUGUAACUCUGGGAUAGUCUGGCAUGUACAGGGAGCCGAGGUGACUGCUAGUGUACUCCUCUGAGAGGAAAGGUAUCCAGGCAGUCCAAGUCACAGUCACAACAAACCUCACACAAGAGACCUCCUGGGAAGACCCAAGAGGGUGGCUGCCUCUGCUUGGCAGAAAAGCAGCAAAGAACUGAGCAGUAAGCAGGCUUUAUGUAGGGUGGCCGGGGAUUGCUGGGGUUCUGUGGCCUGAUGGAGGGCAUUGUUUCUCCUCUGUAGAGCAGAGCCUCACCGUUUGCAUCUGGAGGGGUUGGAAAUGGUGGUUAUGGCCAUGAUAGUUUGGGAGGGCAUGGUGUGGCCACUCACACCAUGAGGGGUUUACAUUCCCCCCUUUUUUGUUUAUUAUUGAUAAGCAAUCGGGUUGGGAAAGUGGGAGGUAUGUUAUCAUUAGACUACUACCUGCUGGAUGGGGGCAUCGAAGUUCUUGGGGCAAAAUGGGGGGUUAAAGACCUGGCUCUGUAGCUAGGGGCUAGUUAUCCUGUAAUAGGAAUUGGUCAAAUUCUGGUUAGAAAUCUUUAAAUCUAUUAUGAAGAAGUAUAGACAAGAAGUUUAUAAGGCAGGGUGCUUCUGUUAAGAAGUGGAGGAGAAGAGGAUUCAGAAGGGUAGUGUCCAAUUCCAUACUGACUGUCAGAUCUACUGGGCAGGGGAACUGAGCAGUUUCUCCAGCUUUUGGAACUCUGUCUGGAGUUGUUGGUCUUCUCUUUUACUAUACCUGAUUGGUUGACAUAAAAGCAACAUUCCUCCAUGAGGAGGACAAAAAGGCCAUCUCCCUCUGCUGUUUGUAACCAAUCCUUACUGAGUCUGUAACACUACUGCAGUCAGUGAGCCUGUUUGCCCCUGGAGGGUAAGGUCUGAGCCACGCUUUGGAGAUCUUGGAUGAACUGAAAGCAAAACCGAUGGGAAGUAGCUAGGGUAAUAGUCAGUGCCUCUGUUCCAGUGGUGAUGCUUGCGCUCGUGCCCAGGACGGAGCGAAGAGGUAGGCCCUGAAUACUGUGCUGUGCCUUGUACCCUGUAGUAGGACUCAGCAAGCGUUUGUCACCAGGUGUCACUCUUCGUUUUGGAAAAAGGAGCACCAGGGCACAGGUGGGCAGUGUCACUUGAGUGCUGAUGAGGAUCCAUGCACUGUGAACUUCCGGACACAGGGCUAGGUAGUAAUGCUGCAGAUUCGGGUCGUGCUGCAGACACAGGGAUCCAGUCUGCCAUAUGUUCCUGAGGAGCUAAGACAGUCUGAUACCAAAAGAAGGAGGUGGGAGAGAUGAGGGUGAUGUUGAUAGUUAAUAGACCAAUGGGCAAGGCCACAGAUGGUGGUGGUCAUGAGAUGGACCCAGAAGGGACACACAACCAGUAUUCUUCACAGUGGCCAGGCAGAGUGUUAUUAUUCCAUAGCUGACAUGUGGAGGUUAAGGUCUGAAGCAAGAGAUGGGGUGACAAAGAGGAUCCGUGUCAUGCAAAAGGGAGGAUGUUAGGGAGGCGAGAAACUUUCACAGCUGUCAAACCCCACCCAAUGAACUUAUAGCUCCUGAGGGUAAAAGCGUGUUACAGUAGUCUUAAAAAACUUAGGGAUAGAAGGUUUUCUUUUUUUCUUUUUAUGUAACAGAUCUUGUCUCAAGUUUAUUUGUAAAAACUGCAUAGGACACUGGCCAUCUGCACAUAGUGUAGGUAGGUGUGUCACAGCAGUCCGUCUGUCUUCACAUUGACAGGAGCCUUUUCUAUGGAGCCUUCACAGGGGCAUGGGCACCCUUGAGAGCCUGGGCUGGAGCUGAAGCCUGAGCCUUAACUGGAGCUUUGGCCUCUGACUCAGUUUGGACUUUGGGCAUUGGUUGGCCAUGUAGCUUCAAAUCCUCUUCCCAAGCUUAGAAUGAGUGAUAAAAACCAGAUGGCUGAGUUUGCGGCUGGAGCCCUUUGGCAUCUUGGACUUGAUGGCCUGAGGCUUCACGAGGGCCUUGAUGGCCUCUGCGUGUGCACUCACUGCCUUUGCAUUAUUGGCCUGUCUUUUUUUUUUUUUUUUUUUUUUUUUUCUUUUUUCUUUUUUUCGGAGCUGGGGACCGAACCCAGGGCCUUGCGCUUGCUAGGCAAGCGCUCUACCACUGAGCUAAAUCCCCAACCCAGCUAAAUCCCCAACCCAGCCUGUCUUCUUCAGGUCUUUCUUGUUGUGCUUCUCGGCAAAGCGCAUGUUCCUCAGGAACUUGGGGUCAACCCCCUUAAGAGAUUCGUAUCUUUGUGACCGGGGUUUCUUGAUGCCAUUUCUGUGCCAUUUGCGGGACUGGUUCUGUGUGGUGUGGUUCUUGGACUUGGCCAUGUCUGCACGGUAACCCACGGCUCCUGAAGCACCUGGGACUGGAAUUGCUGGCGGAAAGGGCGGAAAGUUGAAAACCCUUGGAGAUCAGAGACUUUGGAAAUGUAGAGCAGAGCAAGUGUAGCUACAAGGGAUUUUGGGAUCAUUCGUCUGUGCAGUGUUACCACAGGAGAGAAUCUGAAGAUGAUGUAUGUGGAUUGUGGCCAUUGGGCUGUACCGAGAUCAAGCUGUUUGCAGUGACAGUGACAUUUGAGUAAAAUCUAAGUCCAUGGAGAAUGAGAAAGGACUGGACGUAGGGAGGCUUCCUAGAUUGAGAGAAUUGUCUUAAUAACUAGAGAAUUACCCAUGAGUGGGGCCCCUGGCAGCAUAGCAGGCUCCAGGAGCCAGACAGGACAUUUACCAGUAGGUGACGAGAGGCAGAUGGUUAGAGCAGAUGGAAGGAAGUGACUGAUAAGCGGGAUUCUAGAAUUUGGAACCAAAUAUGAUGGGUGGCAGAAGCCAGCAGAAACAAAUGACUUGUACAUACUAUAAGGUAGUCACAUCAGCAACUUGAGUCUGUUUGGAAUGUUGAGACGUGGGUCUGGCUGAAAGGGAAGUGUGGCACCUUCGGGAAAGGAGUAGUAGGGUUUGGAGACCCUUGUUUGUUAGAAGGUGGGACAGGUGUUGAGGAGAGAAGACAGUAAUAGACGACCGGAAGCUUAUUCAAGUAUGGGAGUUCAGCUGCAGCCUGAGGUACAGUCUUCUAUAUGAAUGCAUGGAGGUGGAGCGUCAAUGUCUUUUAAACAAGCAUUGCCUUUAAACCCUAUCUUUCAUAAACUGACUGUAGUGACCAGAAGGCCCAGAGAUGAAUUCUGAGCUCUGGCCUUCAAAGCAGCCAGAGCAAGCAGUGUUAACAAUGGUGGCUGGCAGCUGGUGCCAGCAGCAGAGAAAACAAAAACAAAACCAAUAAACACUGCACAGAAAGCUCGCACACUCAGAGGAGACAAAGCAUGCAUGUGGUGGCCACCAUCAUUCAUACAUUUGACUGAGCUUUACCCAUGUCUGUCUUGCCUCCCACGUUUACAAGAAAACAUGCAGACACACCAGAAAUACAGACCCAUCUGCACACAGAACAGAUAAGACAUUGCAAACAAGCUGAACAGCGUCAACAGAAAGGACAAACAUUGUCCUGGGUUUUUGCUGUUGUCAUUACUUUUGUUUCAGCCACCCCUCUACUUGAGACAAUUAUGAAGGUCUCAGUAUGUACCUCUGGAAAGUACCAUGUAAACCAAAUUGGCCUCACACUCAGAAAUUUGCCUGCCUCUGCCUUUCAAGUGCUGGGAUUAAAGGUAUGUGCCACCAUGCUUGGCUAUGUUAGAUUCUUAGGAUAAUAUGUUAAGUUCCUCUGGUAGCUAGCUCCUCAUCCAUGCUUCUGUAGCUCUAGUUAAAUUCAGCGGCUUACCUCCCCCUCAAAAAAGAGGGGAGGCAGAAAGGUCACUAGUUAGAAAAUAACUAGGGGUGGGAGGUCUGGAGUGGGAAGGGAACAAGAGAGAGUCAUUGAGGUAUAUUAUUAUUAAUGUGUAUACAUGUGGGAAAAUAUCAUAAUGUGUGGGUCUCCCCGCCCUGGAAGCCUGUGAGAACAGGACCAGCUAUCAUUAGGCAGAUCAACUUUACUUAGGGUGAUCCAAGGCUUAUAAAGUUUCAGGGGACUGAGGGUAGAAACAUCCAGGAUGGGCAAAGGUCAUUGGCUGAGGGCUUAGGGUACCUGAAAUGCCUCAUUAGCACAGGGAAGAAUUUUAGGAACCUCAGGUCUGACUGAGCGGGUUUUGUCAGGAGAAAGGAAAUUCAUCCUUUUGUCUAAUUGAGUCCACAUACUUUCCUUAGUUAGAGGCAUAUGUGUGUGCUCAGAAUUCCCCAGACAAGAUCAGAGAAGGGAGAAGGGAGUCCCCUUACAGGCUGAGCCCCAGAAAGCUGUCUGUUCAAUGGUAGGCUUCGGCCUUUUUUUUUUUUCCUUUUCUUUUUUUCGGAGCUGGGGGACCAAACCCAGGGCCUUGCGCUUACUAGGCAAGCGCUCUACCACUGAGCUAAAUCCCCAACCCCGGCUUCGGCCUUAAUUAGCAGACUUUUCCCACAGUAAUGAAGUCCAGUAUUGUGCCUAAUAUAUGCUAGUAAAGAAAUCUUUAAAAAAGAAAAACAAAUUAGAAAGGACAGACAGACAGUAAGCUGAGCGUGUCUGGAACUCUGAGAAGGUGAUGAGCACCAGGGUGAAGCUCGAGGCGGUGCUCUAGUUCAGUGUUGCAGUGACUUUUGUUUCUGUUUUAAUUAAACUAGAGACUGGAGAGAUCGCUUAGCAGGGAAGGACAUGUUCUGUGUUUCCCAGCGUCCACAUUGUUACCUACCUCUAACUCCAGCUCCCAGGUAUCUUUGAAAUCAUCAGACCCUUCACUCACAUGUGCAUACCCCCGAACAGACACAUACAUAUAAUUCAAAAGAAACAGACUGGAGAGAGGGCUCAGCAGUUAAGAGCACUUGCUACCCCAAUGGAAGAUCAGGGUUUGGUUCAUAGCACCUACGUAGCAACUCACUGUUUUUAUAAUUCCAGUUCCGGGGGAUCUGAUGCUCUCUUCGGUCUCUUUGGGCACUGCAUGCACAUGGUUCACAUACAUCAUGCAUUCAGGCAAAACACAUAAAAACAAAGGGAAAGAGAGAGAGGGGGGGGGGAGUGUGUUUUAAAAAUUGAUGUGUUUGUUGAGAUAGUCAAGUCAACAAGUCAAAUCAUUUAGUACGCAAGCCUCAUGACCUGAAUUCCAUCCCCAGAAACCAUGAAAAUAAGAAAGGAGAGAAUUGACUACAAACCAGCCAACCAGAGCCUCUCCGUCCUUGCCUCCACAUGUGCACUGAGGCACAAACAACCUCCCCCUUCACACACGCACACAUGCAAGUUGAAAUUUAAAUUGGGAAUUAAUUUUAAGCUAGGUGGUGGGGGCCGGUUUAUGUAAGUCGAGGGCAGCCUGGUCUACAUAAUGAGUUUCAGACCUCAUUCAGGCCUACAUAGUGAGACCCUGUCUCAAAAAAAGUAAAACAGAAAGAUUUGCACAUGAUGCUGGUGGCUCAUGCCUAAAGUCGGCUCGACUGGGAGCCGGGCAGAUUCCAGGAUUGAGGAAGCCGAGCUGUGUUGCGAGCUGGUUUUCUGUGUGUCUGUUCAUGUCCAAGCCCAUCAUCCGUCUUGGGGCUUUAGUCUUUAGAGGUCUCAGGACCAUAGGGCUGAACAUACCUGUUCUCUAAAGAUGUCUGGGAAGGUCACGUUUGGGAGGUUUGGGUUUUGUUUGUGGUUUGUUUUGGGGAACAGGGUCUUGUAUAAGAUGGCCUUGAACUUCUGAUCCUGUCUGUGCCUCUGACACACUGUGAUUACCGACAUGUGUCACCAAAUCAGUGUUAUAUGGUGCCAGGGAUGGAACCCCGGACUUUAAAGUAAGCACUCUCCUGUGUGCGCCUACUACAUUCUCAGCCCUGGGUUCCGUUUACAAGCAGUGCAGUUCCUUCCUUCGUUUGCAUUUAUUUAUCAAUAAUAUUAGCACACGGUUGCCCAACAUGGUGGAUUAUCUAAGCUGCCGACCUUCACAGUAGUCAAGCCAAGUCCCAGUUUGUGGGGAAACAAACGGUGUCACCAUCCUGGUCAUUGUCAUUUCUUAUAUUGUCUGUUGAGAUGGUAAACUCUCCCAUUAUUAAUCUGGCUGUUUUCCUAGUAGGCCAGACAAGCCCUGGCUUAAUGAAGGACCCCUGGAACCAGUUUGAUCUUGUGCUCACUUGACUGUAGUAGAAUGGCUAUCAGCAAUGCGGAAGUCCAUUGAUUGUACCACAUCUCUACCUUCAUUCAUCUUCCCUUUAAACUCCAUUAGGGGCUCCUAGUUAUCUAAGCUUUGUCUGCGUCUUGUUAGGGUACGCCUGUCUGUCUGCAGAGGAAGUGUCCCUCUGCUCUUCACUGAGUGUUCCUCGACCACGCUAUGGUCUGAAUGUCUGAGGUGAAGAUGGGAGAGCCACAAGUGUGCACAGCUAGCUGUACCAACAAGCCAAGCUCUGUCACUGUCACUCCCUGAAGUCCUAUUUAUGCCCUCCAAAUAUCACGUGUCCUCCAUGUGCCCUGUCUCAGAACAAUCAACUCAAGUCCUGGAAGGAACAAACUACAGUACAACACCAGAAGACUUCUGGUGUGGUUAGCUGGAGUUAGAGAUCGCUGAGAGCUAUCAUGUGGGUGCUGGUGAUUGAACCCCGGCUAUGAAAGAGCAACAAGUGCUCUCAAUGGCCAGCCAUCUCUUGCCCUGAGAAACCUUGUCUGAGGGGAGUGAACAGAAAUAGAGCUUCUGCACGCACAGGGAUAAGCACAUACUCACACAGCCCAUGUGCAUGUGCCACACACAUACCAAAAAUAGUAACAUUUAAAAUGGUUGAAACGGCCAAGCACACCUGUAAUCCCAGUUCUCUAGACACCAAAGCAGAGUUUAAGCUCCGCUUGGGCUAUGAGAUUGUCUUUGGAAAACAAGUUUAAUGGCGCAUGUCAUGCUUUGGGAUUUUACUAUAUAGUUAUGUUGCCAUAUGUAAAAUUAGAUCCCCAUGUACCAAAGUAGCUCAAAAGUCAAUCAAACACAAACUAUGUAGUCAGGUCUGAUUGGUUGAUUGCUUGAUAGAUACUUAGGUUGGUUGGUAGAUAUAGAUAGAAAAUUAGAAGACUACAAGAUACAAUAAAAUAGAUGCAAAAUAUAUCUCCAACUUAAGAAAUCCAAGUAAGGAAGUGGCUGGAGAGAUGGCUUAGCAGUUAAGAUCACUGACUGCUCUUCCAGAGGUCCUGAGUUCAAAUCCCAGCAACCACAUGGUGACUCACAACCAUCUGUAAUGAGAUCUGAUGCCCUCUUCUGGUGUGUCUGAAGACAGCUACAGUGUACUUAUAUAUAAUAAAUGAAUAAAUCUUAAAAAAAACAAAUAAUUUAAAAGUCUUUAGCUAGGUUUGGUGGCACAUGCUUUUAAGCUCAGCGCGCAGGAGAAAAACAGAUUUCUGUGAAUUCCAGGACAGCCAGGACUAUGGAGAGAAACCAGGUCCCCAAAAAACUAAGCUAAACAAAAACCACAAAAUUAAAGGGCCUACAAAAUGGCCCGGCAAACAGAUGCGCCUGCUGCUCGACACUGUGCAUUUGUUUGCAGCAGACAUGUUUGCAGCAGCCACGUAAACGGACCAAGAAUGGAUUCCACAGAGUCGUCUGCUACCUUCAACACUCACGCUACAGCUCUUCCAGAGGUCCUGAGUCCAAUUCCUAGCCACCACAUGGUGGCUCACAAUCAUCUGUAAUGGGAUCUGAUGCCCUCUUCUGGUGUCUGAAGACAGUGACAGUGUACUCAUAUAAUAAAUAGAUAACUCUUUUUUUAAAAAAAUCAAGUAAGAACUAUUAUCCAGAAUAUACAGCUCCUCUCCUCCCUGUCUGGUCCUUAAGAACAACCUGGGUCCUUACUGUAUUGCCAGGGAGGUUCCAUAGCACUGAGCUGUGUCCUUGGGCCACAAACUCUUAAAACUCAGUAAGAAAAUGACCACCCCAAUUCAAAAAUGUGCAAAAUUCCUGAUCUUAGAUUUUGUCAAAGAGGAAACAGAUGCCUGAAAGGCUGGACAGCGUUGUAUCCUUGCAGAUCUUUACUCAUUAAAGCAAGGACAUACUACUGCAUGCCUGUGAGAACAGCUAAGGAAAGCAAGGCAGUAAUGCAGCUGGGCCACAGGGCAGCAGGGACUCAGUUGCUGCAGGCGAGCACGCAGUUAAUCAAUAUGUUCUGACCAUGCAUUACAGCACACCUGUUCUUUAGGGUUUUUGUUUGUUUGUAUUGUUUUUUUAAUUUUUAUUAGGUAUAUUUCUUUACUUACAUUUCAAACAUUAUUCCCCUUCCCAGUUUCCUGUCCAUAAGCCCCCAUUCCCUCCCCUGUUUGUAUGGUUUUUAAAGAUAGGGUUUCUCUGUGUAGCCCUGGCUGUCCUGUGACUAGCUUUGUAGACCAGGCUGGCCUUGAACUUAGAGACCCACCUGCCUUCUGCCUCCUGAGUGCUAGGACUAAAGGUUUAUAUUCAUUAGAUUUUAUAUUCAAUACAUUUUUUGAAAAUGUAUUUACUGAAAAAGAUUUGCAUCACUUUUACUUAUGGUUGCCUAAACCUGGAUGUGAGCAGAGUGUACUUUAGCAGGGACUGGAUGGAUAAGCCAGGACAAGCAGACAACAUUUAAGUCAUUGCUAAAACAGAUGUUACUCUCAACAUCCCAGCACUAGGUUGCAGUAAUCAAAAGCUUGAGGCUGGUAACCAGAAGACCUGAGUGCAGUCCCCAGAACCCAGAUUAAACAUGCCAGCUCUGGUGAUACAAGCUUAGAAUUCCUGAUCUGAAGAACCCGGUGCUCCCCGGCGCAGCUGGCCAUCUAGUCUAAUCCAUGAGCUGAGAAGGGUUCUGAAAAGAGGUAGACAGGGUUCCUAAGGAUGUCAUCCAAGGCUGUCCCUAUUCUACACAUUAAAACAAAGUAAUUUUAGAAAAGCCAGCAACAUGGCUCCAGGUAAAUGAAACUGGUGGGCGGAGUUUAGUUUCUGAAACCUACGUGGUAAGAGGAAAGAACUGUCACAGGUUAUCCCUGUACCUACACACACACACACACACACACACACACACACAAAUACAUAAAUCAUAAAUGGAAUCUUAAAUUUUUAGUCUGGAUCACAAGGGAAACACUGUCUCAAAAAAAAAACAAACUGUACUUGCCUAGUGUGUGCACUGGAGGAACCUUAGCAUCAUAAAUUGAAUGAGGAAACUUAGACAGGUGCUUGAGCAACCCUGGGCAAUAUAAUAGGACCUUGUUUCAAAGGAAAAUAUAUUUGAAAAAAUGACUGUACAUUUAUUUAUUUUGUAUGUGGGCACACAUGGUAUAUUCUGUCAUGUGGAUUCUGGUGUUGAAAUCAAGUCAUUUGUUAGGUUUGAUGACAUCACAGUUAUCCUCUUAAGCCAUCUCACUUGUUUCAAAAAUGAAAUAGACUUGGAUCCAAGUAUGGUGUCUCACUUCUUCAAUCCCAGCA